AACGCCGUUCUAGUUGGUGAGCUCGAUCAAAUGGAUGAAAACAUCAAUGAAAAACUGCUUCUUCAAGUUGAGGAAGAUGACACAGAUCAGCAUCCCUGUUGCCCGCAUGGACCCACAGUGCUCUUUUAUCGCCAAAGUCAACAGCCCAGCGAUGGUUUCUAUGCCUGUUCCGCUUACCGUAAUCCUAAGCUUUGCUCCUUUCGCAUGGAUUACGAAAAAUGGAAAGGUAUCCAACAGAAACGAGUGCCAGAUAUACGCGCAUAUCCCCAGCAACAGAACGAUGCAGAUCCCGAUCCCACUAGUCACCUGAAAGCGUUAUCGCAGGACGAUGUGCAUGCCCAGUACUUUUUCGAUCAGCAAGCCCUCAAAUUCUUUGCAGAUCAGUGUCGCUUGCUGAAAAUCGAUAAGGUGGUCUGUAUGGGCGCGCCACGCCUACACUUUUACCUGCGUAUCCAUAAAAUACAAAGUUUUUUGCUUGACUUUGAUGAGCGUUUUAGUAAAUACCUGAGUCCUCAGGAAUUCUGUCUAUACAACAUGUGCAACAAUCACUUUUUCUACCAGCGAGAGCCGUUUGAGAGAUUCCUGAAAUGCAAUAAGGAUGAACGCGUAUUAAUUGUCACGGAUCCACCAUUUGGCUGUAGAACCGAACUAAUUGCCCACACGCUACGAUCUCUGAUGCGUCUCCAUAAUCGCCUCAAUCAGCUGCCCGCCACGCCGUUGUCGAUAUUUUGGGUGUAUCCAUACUACAUGGCAAACUAUAUAAGGCAGGAUAUGCCCGAGCUGCAAAUGUGCGACUAUAAGCUAAAUUAUACGAAUCAUAGUCGAUAUACGAAUGUGGGCAACUCCAAGCGUUCCUAUGGGUCGCCAGUGCGUGUCUUUACCAAUAUACCGCUUGAGCUGUUGCGCCUGCCGCCUACCGAAGGGUACAAAUAUUGUGAUAGAUGUCAACGUGAUACGGCCAUAGAGAAUGUGCACUGCGAUCGGUGCCGGAAUUGCUGCUCGCAGAAUGGCCAAACCUAUCGGCACUGUCAGCUCUGCGAUAUGUGUGUGAAACCGAAUUAUGUCCACUGCUCGAACUGUCGCCGGUGCUGUCAACGUGUUGGACACGACUGUGGAUUGUAUCAGUCCAUGCAGCACUGCUGGUUAUGUGGCCAACGGGGCCACAUUGAGAGUAACUGCCAAAUCUGGUCGAAGCUCUCACGCCUGAGCAAACGACGGCAGUCUCAGCGGGAUUGUUGCCUUAUUUGCGGAGCGCAAAGUCAUCGUGAAAGGAACUGCUCACGGCGCUGCAGUUACUUCAAGGAAUUCGAAUUUAUGGGACAAACUUUGAUAAAAGCACGAGAUCGAAAGUUUAUAUUAACACGAAAUAAAGCCAAAAUGCGCAAACUUCCUAAAUCAUAGAAAAA